GUUUGAGACUGAGAGCGUCGGUUUGAAAGCAUCUCCAGCUGCGUGCGGAUGUAGCGACAUCCUACUAACCUACAUUUCAACCUGAAAGAGGCAAUGGCGGACGACGGAAGAUUUCCCCAUUGACAUAUGAUGAUCUACUGCGACGAAACGAAACAUAAACGUCCAAUAUGAAGAGUAUGGAGCAGGAAUUGCUGUGUCCUGUGUGCAAGGACAUUGUGAAGCAGCCUAUUGUACUUCCCUGCCUGCACAGCGUGUGUCUCAUGUGUGCCUCCGAGGUGCUGGUUCAGAGUGGGUAUCCCCAGCCCGAGCUCCCUCCGGAGCCCAACUCGCCCGCUUCCACCCCCAACACACGGUCCCCACGGCAGAUGCGCAGACCCAUGCCUAAGUCUGACCGCGUGGACCGCCUGUUGCGCUCAGGUUCUGGGACGUACCCAGGCCGCAGGCGAAAGGAAGGCCCUCCACCUCUCAUGCUUUUUCCUUGCGCCCCCUGUGGACGAGAUGUAGAACUAGGUGAGAGAGGACUGGCUGAGUGCAUGAGGAACCUUACACUGGAGAGAAUUGUAGAAAGGUACAGGCACACAGUGAGUUUGGGCAGUGUGGCUGUGAUGUGUCAGUUCUGUAAACCCCCACAGGCCCUGGAGGCCACUAAAGGCUGUGCUGACUGCAGAGCCAGCUUCUGUAAUGAGUGCUUCAAACUCUACCACCCCUGGGGCACUCCACGCGCCCAGCAUGAACAUGUUCAGCCCACCCUCAACUUCAGGCCAAAGGUGUUGACAUGCCCAGAACAUGAUCAGGAGAGGCUGCAGUUUUACUGUAAGUCAUGUCAGAUGCUUCUUUGUUCACUCUGUAAACUGCGUCGAAUCCAUGCGGGUCACAAGAUUGCGCCCGUUACCCAAGCCUACCAGACUCUUAAGGACAAGAUCACCAAGGAGCUGAACUACAUCCUGUCCAAUCAGGACAUGGUGUUGACUCAGAUCACACAACUGGAAAAUGCCAUCACUCAAACUGAGGUGAACAGCGUAUCAGCCAAAGAGCAGCUCUCUCACUGCGUGAAGGAGAUAAUGGCGUUGCUGACCGAGCGGCAGACAAUGCUGGCCCAGGCUCUGGAAAGCUCACGGCAGAGAAGGGCAGAGGCUUUGACCAAUCAGGUGGCCGAAAAACGGAGCCUGCUGGAGCACGCCGGCUUGAUGGCUUUCACUCAAGAGCUGCUCAAAGAAAAUGACCCAUCGAGCUUUGUGCAUGCAGCCAGAAUAACACACAACAGAUUGGCCCAGUCUAUUGAAUCUAUGCAGCGUUUCUCUCUCUCUGCUGAUCCUUCGUUCCGACACUUCCAGCUUGAUGUUUCCAGAGAGCUCAAACUCCUCACAGACCUGAACUUCAUUCAGGCCCCUCUCGCUCCUGUGAUUGACACCCAGCGAACCCUCGCCUACGACCAGCUCUUUUUGUGCUGGAGGUCACCUCAAGACUCCACUCCUGCCUGGCAUUACUCUGUGGAAUUCCGGCGUUGGGGCUGGCAGAGAUUGGAGGAGGUGACCGGGACCUGUGCGGUGAUUGACAGGCUGGAGAUGGACAGUGUGUAUGUGCUGAGGGUGAGAGGCUGCAACAAGGCCGGCUUUGGCGAAUACAGUGAGGAAGUAUAUUUACACACACCACCAGCUCCAGUGUUGAAUUUUUACCUGGACUCUCGUUGGGGUCUGCACGCGGACAGACUGGUGGUGAGUAAGGAGCAGAGGUGUGCUCGCAGUGUGCCCGGUCUCUCCCUGCUGCAGGCCGCCGAUCGGGCCCUCACUUCCUGUCACCUGACAGCUGAUCUGCUUGUGGGUGACGUGGCCAUAACGCAGGGCCGACACUAUUGGGCAUGCUCAGUGGAGCCCGGCUCAUAUCUGGUUAAGGUUGGAGUGGGCCUGGAGUCCAAACUUCAGGAGUGGUUUCAUCUGCCUCAAGAUAUGGCUAGUCCAAGAUAUGAUCCAGACAGCGGCCAUGACAGUGGAGCCGAGGAUUCGUCGGAUUCUCCUCCCCCUUUCUCUUUCCUCACAAUGGGCAUGGGCAAGAUCUUCCUGCCCUCCUCCGCCAACUCACAUCACACCAACGCCAAUUACAGAGAGUCUGGCUUCACUAAUGGCAACGGGCCUUCAUCGCCAACUGGCGUCACCUAUCCACUGCCUCCGAGACUAGGAGUGUGUCUCGACUUUGAGAAGGGGCGUGUUACGUUUUACGAUGCCCACUCUCUCCGCCCACUAUGGGAGGGGCCUGUGGACUGCUCCGCCCCUGUGUGCCCUGCUUUCUGUUUCAUUGGAGGCGGAGCUCUGCAGCUACAGGAGCUGGUAGCCAAUCGUAAUGCAAAUCAAACCCCUGUAAGACGAGUCACUAUUCAAUCACGUGUUACGAAACUGAACUGAACUCUGAUUGAUUAUCAUUUUUAUAAUUCGAUUUUAGAGACAGUUGUUUUUAAUUGCACCCAAUAUCAAUCUCUGCUUACUUUUCUUUUUGUUUUGAGAGGCCUUUAUUGCUGCACUGCUUGCUGAAUUACUGAUGAAUUAUUAAUUUGCUGAUGCUACCUAUAUACCCAAGAAAACUAUUUAAAAUGCAUAUUCACCUAUACACACACACACACACAUAAUAUAUAUCCAAAAAUAUAUGUUUCCCAAUUUAUAAUCAGUGACCUCUCUGUUCCAAUGUAGGAAAUGUGCCUCAAAGUUUUUUUUUUAUACCAGAUUCCUCCCACACUGCAGAUAUUGUGUGAUAAUAAUAUACCUUGUA